GGCGUCGGGCCGGAGGCCGAGCCGGGGGUGGGGGCUCGAGGCCGAGGCGCCCGUGGCCGAGGGGGAGCGUCGGCGCCGCCGGGGCCGGGCCAUGUCCGCGUGAGGCCGCCGCCGCCACCCCGGGCCUGCCGGGCCGCCGCGCACCAUGGGCUCCAUCCUGAGCCGCCGCAUCGCGGGCGUGGAGGACAUCGACAUCCAGGCCAACUCGGCCUACCGCUACCCCCCCAAGUCCGGAAACUACUUUGCCUCACACUUUUUCAUGGGGGGCGAGAAAUUCGACACCCCUCACCCCGAAGGGUACCUCUUCGGAGAGAACAUGGACCUGAACUUCCUGGGCAGCCGCCCCGUCCAGUUUCCUUACGUCACGCCUGCGCCCCAUGAGCCCGUGAAGACGCUGAGGAGCCUGGUGAACAUCCGCAAAGACUCCCUCCGGCUCGUGAGGUACAAGGACAGCAGCGACAGCCCCGGCGAGGACAGUGACCGGCCGCGGGCACUCUACAGCCUGGAGUUCACCUUCGACGCGGACGCGCGCGUGGCCAUCACCGUGUACUGCCAGGCAGCCGAGGAGUUCCUCAAUGGCUCAGCCGCGUACAGUCCCCGGAGCCCCGCCCUGCGGUCAGAGACCGUCCACUACAAGCGGGGCGCUGGCCAGCACUUCUCCCUGCCCUCCUUCAAGAUCGACUUCUCGGAGUGGAAGGACGAUGAGUUGAACUUUGACCUGGACCGGGGCGUAUUUCCUGUGGUCAUCCAGGCUGUGGUGGACGAAGGCGAUGUGGUGGAGGUGACCGGCCACGCCCAUGUGCUCUUGGCCGCCUUUGAGAAGCACGUGGACGGCAGCUUCUCCGUGAAGCCUCUGAAGCAGAAGCAGAUCGUGGACCGGGUGAGCUACCUGCUGCAGGAGAUCUACGGCAUCGAGAACAAGAACAGCCAGGAGACCAAGCCCGCGGACGAGGAGAACAGUGACAACAGCAGCGAGUGCGUGGUGUGCCUGUCGGACCUGCGGGACACGCUCAUCCUGCCGUGCCGCCACCUCUGCCUGUGCAACUCCUGCGCCGACACGCUGCGCUACCAGGCCAGCAGCUGCCCCAUCUGCCGCCUGCCCUUCCGGGCACUUCUGCAGAUCCGGGCAGUGCGGAAGAAGCCCGGAGCACUGUCCCCCGUCUCCUUCAGCCCUGUCCUGGCCCAGAGUGUGGACCACGAGGAGCACGCGUGUCCCCUUAAAAAAUCAAAGUCGCACCCUGCCUCCCUGGCCAGCAAGAAACCUAAAAGGGAAACAAGCCCCGACAGCGUCCCGCCCGGCUACGAGCCCAUCUCCCUGCUUGAGGCGCUCAACGGCCUCAGGGCCGCGUCACCGGCCCUGCCGUCGGCCCCCCUGUAUGAGGAGGUCACUUCCUCGGCCGGCUCGGACGGCCUGUCCCAGGCCAGCUGUCCCCGCGCAGGGAUGGAGCGCCUGCAGACGGCACCUCGGACCAAGUCCCCGGACAGCACCCUGCACUCCCCGCCGUCCCCCACCCGCCAGGACGAGGAGCCGCUCUCCCAGGACUCGCCAGGGCCCCCCGUGCUCAGCAGCUCCCCGGAGAGUUUCGUGAUGGAGGAAGCUGAGGAGGCGACGUCCCCCAAGCAAGGAAGCCGAGCCCCUUCCAUCGAGAACGUGCUGCAGGACAGCCCGGAGCAGCGGGGCCGCGUCCCGCCCGCCGACAUCUGCCUGCCAGGAUGGCCCACCUCCCUGGACACGCCCCGCAGCCUUCGCAGCACCAGCGCCCCCAGGCCCCCUCCUCCCGGUGGCUCCAGUCCCGAGCCGGGGGCCACUGAGCUGACCCCGCUCUGAGCCUGGCCAGUCGGGCCCGAGCCCUCAGCUCCUGACUCCCAGGGGGCCCCCGCCUCUCCCACCUCCGAGGACCCCGAGCGCAGCGCAGCCCACAGACCCCCUCCAGCGGCCGGUGCCUUGGCGGCCGGGACCCCCGCAGCUCUUGGGCCAGGCCCCCCCAACCCAGGCUGGGGGCAACUCCCCAGGAACUGAGCACAACUGCAGAAGAGAACGGGAGGGGACAGCAGGCCUGGGCAUGACUAGUGACGUGCCUGCCUGGGCGCCCUCCGCCCCUCUGUCCCCCACCCCCCAUCUUGUAGGCUCCCCCACUCCAGCCUCAGGGCCUCCUCAGAACUGCGCAGGCUGGUCCCCAAGCUCAGUGAGCUCAGUGCCUGCUGGCCGGCCUCACCUCUGAGACUCACUCCCAGGCCCCUUGGCUUGUGCCCUCGGGGCACCCCCAGGGCCGGCUGGGAACCGGGACCAGUGGCUUUCCCAGGAGCUGGGUCCCGCCCGAGGUAACUUCCAGCAAUAGAAUGGCUUGGGGGCAGCGCCACGGGCUAGGCAUACCCCCUUUAGUGCCCACACUUCGCUCCUGGGGACGGCCCCUGCAGCGGCUGGGGCCUGGAACACUACAUCCUGCAGGGCUGGGUGCUGGGAAUUGCCCCACUUCCCUGCCAGAGCGCACACUGGGGCUGGGUGCCCCAGGCCGGCCCACUCCCUCUACCUGGCCCCAGUCUCUCUGGCCAGGACCCCCGUCUGGUCCCUUAUCACGGGGGCCACAGCUUGUCUCGGACUUCAUGAGACAUUAGCUCACGCUGAUGUGUCUGAUUGGCUGGUUUGGGUCUGUUUUUACUGUACAUUUGUAGUAAUAAAAUCUGCAGCAAGGC